AGUCUCCUGAGACGAACUUCCCGAUCGUUCAGGACGCCAUCGCCAUCGACAAGCUUCAGGCUGGCCCUUCUUCCUGAGAUUGAAAUUGUUUUGAGCCCUUUGUAGCUCGUUUCAUGGGAUUCUUCUGCUCCUUCUUAACCACCCCUGUCCAGCGCACAUCCGACGCAGUCGAACCCCGAUCCACCCCUGCUACUACUACUCCCAUCAUAUCUUGUCUACUAUAAUAAUGUCCGAGUCUCCGCCCCCCCCACCGUCUUGGAGCAUCGCCGGUAUGGCCAACAAUGCGGUUCAGUUCCUGCGGUUGCCGGUGUUAGCUUCGUCCGGCCUGGCCGUGGUCGCGAGCGGUCUUUUAUAUUUCAAGCAGAACGAGCUGAUCUAUCCUCGCAACGUCCCUACUGAUGCACGAACCAAUGUUCCUAAGCCCCGCCAGUUCGGUAUCUCCGAUUACGAAGACCUCCAGAUCCCCACGCCGGACGGGGAGUCGUUACAUGCGCUGUUCAUUCGCCCCUCGAAGAAGCGCAUUACCAGGAACAUCACCGUCUUGAUGUUCCAUGGGAAUGCCGGCAAUAUCGGACAUCGGGUGCCCAUUGCCAGGGUUCUACAAGACGUCCUGGGAUGCAACGUGUUGAUGCUGGAAUACCGCGGCUACGGGCUGUCGACUGGCGUGCCGGACGAGGCUGGGUUAAAGAUCGAUGCGCAGACAGGUCUGGACUACAUCCGACAGCGAGCCGAAACCAGCGACUCCGACAUCGUUGUCUACGGCCAAAGUCUUGGAGGUGCCGUGGCGAUCAAUCUGGUCGCCGAGAAUCAAGAUGUCGGCGAUAUCAAGGGAUUGAUCCUGGAGAAUACGUUCUUGAGUAUUCGCAAGCUGAUUCCUACGGUUUUCCCUCCCGCACGUUACCUCGCUCGUUUCUGUCACCAGUAUUGGACCAGUGAAGAAGUAUUGCCCAAGAUCACCAAGGUCCCCAUACUCUUCUUGAGCGGAUUGAAGGACGAAAUUGUGCCUCCCUCGAAUAUGACGCAACUAUUCGCCAUUUGCACCGCGAGCCGCAAAGUCUGGCGCACUCUUCCGAACGGCGGACAUAAUGACAGCGUGGCUGAGCCAGGCUAUUUCGAACAUAUUCACAACUUUGUCAUGGAAGAGGUCGUCGGUGAUUCUUCAUAGAUAAAGCCGUGCCAUACUUCACGUACCACUGAUUGCGUUGUAAAGCGCAUCCGUGUUAAAAUACCUCGCAGUGGCCUCUUCCGUUUGGAUCACCUCUACCGUCUCUCGGCAUGGGCCGUCGUUUCGCACGACUAGGCGCAAGAAGGUCUACCGCGUAUACGAUACACCUACAAUGGUUCGGCGUGAGAACUUGGACCCGGACCCAUGAUAUGGCUAGACCGACCAUUUCACCACUUUUCUUUUCUCACGUUUUGCUCGUUGUCAUCUUCAUACCCCUUUGCUUUCUGCUGCUUCCAUCCCACCUGCACUUACUCAUGCUCAUCAUCUACCUUCCUCUAUACUUCAGGUAGACAGAAUUCUCCCUCUGGCUCAUCUUUGAACUUUUCAUUCUCAUUUACUGUAUCUAUAAUGGCACCCCGUACUCGGCGAGCGACCCUUAAUGACCCUCUUACACUCCGCGUUCCACCACCUACCCUCCCCAUUUGCCGGAUUUGUGAUUUGUUAUGACGUUUUCCUCUUUUUCUUGUCUUUUAUUCUCUGCGUGGACUUUCAAACAGGCGCUGUCCAUGGCUUGGUUAUUUGGCGUAAAGCGGAUCUCUUUCGGCUGUUCUCGUUAGCUGAAUUGAAUUGAAUGCCUCUUCUGAGAGUAGUUUGAGAGUUCUGGGAGAGUUGGUUAGUUUUAGUCUAUCUAAUUGUUUGGAAUUAUGUGUAUCGAAAGUAGAUUAUUCGG